ACCAUGAACCGGAGUUUCCACAAGUCUCAGACCCUGCGCUUCUACGACUGCAGCGCGGUGGAAGUCAAGAGCAAGUUUGGGGCUGAGUUCCGGAGGUUCUCCUUAGACCGUCACAAGCCUGGGACGUUCGAGGACUUCUACCAGCUGGUCGUGCACACCCACCACAUCGCCAACACCGAAGUGACCAUCGGCUACGCAGAUGUGCACGGCGACCUGCUGCCCAUCAACAACGAUGACAACUUCUGCAAGGCGGUGUCCAGCGCGAGCCCCCUGCUCCGGGUCUUCAUCCAGAAACGAGAGGAGGCGGAGCACGGCCUGGCCACCGGCUCGCUGUCGCGGCGCAGGAAGGCGCUGGCGCUGCGCGAGGAGGGGCCCAGGCGCCGCGCGCACCUGCACAUCGGGCUCCCGCACGACUUCCGCCCCGUGUCCUCCAUCAUCGACGUGGACAUCCUGCCCGAGACGCACCGGCGCGUGAGGCUGUACCGGCACGGCUGCCAGAAGCCGCUGGGCUUCUACAUCCGCGACGGCACGAGCGUGCGGGUGGCGCCCCAGGGCCUGGAGAAGGUGCCGGGCAUCUUCAUCUCGCGCAUGGUGCCCGGCGGCCUGGCCGAGAGCACCGGGCUGCUGGCCGUGGACGACGAGGUGCUGGAGGUGAACGGCAUCGAGGUGGCGGGGAAGACGCUGGACCAGGUCACGGACAUGAUGAUCGCCAACAGCCACAAUCUCAUCGUCACGGUCAAGCCGGCCAACCAGCGGAACAACGUGCUGCGUGGCGGCCGCGCGUCCGGCAGCUCCGGCCGCUCCUCGGACAGCACGGCCAGCCGCCACAGCCUGCAGGCCCACGCCCCGCACAGCCUGCACCCCGACGACAUGGAGAGCGACGAGGAGCCCGACGUCGUGCUCGAGGGUGUCCUGGAGUCCCGGCUGGUCCCGCGGCCAACGCCUGGCAGCCUCGCCCGGGUCAAUGGCGCGGGCCUGGCGUCCGGACUGCAUGGCCCGGGGCGCGAGGGCAGCGUCCUCAGGCUGCUCAGCUCGCUGCGGUCCGACCCCCGCCACAGCCUGGCGCUGCCUCCCGGCGGGGUGGAGGAGCACGGCCCGGCCGUCACCCUGUAGCGCGGGCACCGCCCCGUAGCGCCCCCUCCUGCCCGAGCGCCCUGGUCACAGUCCGGCCGCCAGGACCGGCCCCUCCACUUUCAAGUCUGUGCUCUCGUUUUAAAAUAAGACAGUAAUUGUGUAUGUCACCCCUCCUUCUGUGUUUUUAUUUAUCCCUUCCUUUUCUUCCACAGACCUACUCUGUUUCAACUUGUGGACGAAAAAUAAAAAUCCUGUCUGUUUUUGUAAAUUUCUCCACCAACGGAAAGUGCACACACUAGUGCACCAGGCUGGAAGCCGGUCCAGGGCCUUUGUCAAGUGUUUUCUGACCAAGGGUAGAAAAUACUUCAUUUUUAAAUUUUAAAAAUACUUUAUUUUUUUAAAACGAAGCUUUAAAUUUAUUUUUUAAAGGGACAAAUUCAUGUUUUUAACUUAAGCCAUUCAAACACACCUACUUGUUGGCACCGUGUCCUCCGUGCAUCGCGCGUGUGGUUCUGGUGGGCUGGGCACUGAAGGUGUAUGUAAGAAGGUGGACACUGGUUUUUGAGAACAGAUGCACACACGCCUAUGAUAGGUAUGACUGCAGAAGACACAUUUCAAAUGGUCAUUGUUUAUAGUCCCAUUUCAAAUAGCCAAACGGGUGCUGAACUCCCAGACAUCACUGGGAAGAGUUCUCCGAAGGUGGGUUGUCUGGACAUGGGAUUGCCCCCAGGCUGGCCGGGAAGCAGCCAGCUCUGCUCAGUGAUACCAUUUGUGAUCGAAAGACAGUAUUUACUCAGAGAUUUAAAAAACAAAACAAA